AUGGACGAGCCGACCUUCAACGAGGCGGCUCUGGAGCAGGCGUUGACCGAGCCGUGCGAGCUGGACGCAGCGCUGCUGACCGACAUCGAAGACAUGCUUCAGCUCAUCAACAACCAAAACAGCGACUUCCCUGGCCUAUUUGAUCCACCUUAUGCUGGGGCUGGGGCAGGAGACACAGAUCCAGCCAGCCCUGGUGCCUGCUCCCCAAGCAGCUUGUCUCCACCUCUGUCACUGAGCUCCCCUCUGGAAGCACUCCUGGGGGGGUCCAAGGCAACACCCCCACCUUCAUCCCCUCCCCAGUCUGUACUCACCCCACUGAAGAUGUUCUCUUCUGUGUCCCCCUUCUCCCCUGGGCAUGGUAUCAAAGAAGAGCUGGUGCCACUCACCAUCCUGCAGCCCCCUACCCUGCCAUCUCCAGCCCGGCAGCCUCCCAUCCCUCAGCCCCUACCGCCCCUCCUGCCUCAGAGCUUUCCAGCCCCAGCCCCUCCACAGUUCAACUCCACCCCUGUUUUGGGUUAUUCCAGCUCUCCCGGAGGCUUUGUGGCAGAAACCCCUUCCGGGAGCGCCCAGCCGCCACUGCUUGGCCUGCCAUUGGCUUCCCCGACAGGAGUCAUACCCACCUCCUUUCAUGCCCCGGUCCAGAGUAUGGCCCCCCAGCAGCUUCUGACAGCCACAGCAGCCCCUGGAACAACCACCGUGACCUCACAGAUCCAGCAGGUCCCGGUCCUGCUGCAGCCACACUUCAUCAAGGCAGACUCAUUGCUCCUGACGACCAUGAAGACAGAUGUGGGGGCCACUGUGAAGGCAACGGGUAUUAGCUCCCUGGCCCCUGGCACAGCUGUGCAGACAGGGCCCUUGCAGACUCUGGUGAGUGGUGGGACCAUCCUGGCCACGGUGCCACUGGUCGUGGAUGCUGACAAAUUGCCCAUCAACCGGCUUGCAGCUGGCAGCAAAGCCCCAGGCUCCGCCCAGAGCCGUGGGGAGAAGCGCACAGCCCAUAAUGCCAUCGAGAAGCGCUACCGCUCCUCCAUCAACGACAAGAUCGUGGAGCUCAAGGAUCUGGUGGUGGGCACGGAGGCAAAGCUGAAUAAAUCUGCUGUCUUGCGCAAGGCCAUCGAUUACAUCCGUUUCUUACAACACAGCAACCAGAAACUCAAGCAGGAGAACCUGAGUCUUCGAAGUGCUGUCCACAAAAGCAAAUCACUGAAGGAUCUGGUGUCAGACUGUGGCAGUGGAGAAAAUGCAGAUGUGGCCAUGGAGGGUGUGAAGUCUGAGGUGGUAGACACGCUGACUCCACCACCCUCGGAUGCCGGCUCGCCCUCCCAGAGCAGCCCUUUGUCCCUCAGCAGCAGGAGUAGUGGUAGUGGUGGCAGCGGCAGUGACUCGGAGCCUGACAGUCCAGUCAUCGAGGACAGCCAGGUAAAGCCAGAGCAGCUGCCGUCUCCCCAUAGCCGGGGCAUGCUGGACCGCUCCCGCCUGGCCUUGUGUGCACUGGUUUUCCUCUGUGUGUUCUACAACCCCUUGGCUUCCCUGCUGAGUGGCCGGGGGCUUCCCAGCCCCCUGGAUGCCACCAGUGUCCACCACAGUCCUGGGCGUGCCAUGCUGGGUGCCGAGGGCAGAGAUGGCCCUGGCUGGGCUCAGUGGCUGCUGCCCCCUCUGGUCUGGCUGGGCAAUGGGUUGCUGGUGCUGCUCUCCCUGGCAUUUCUUUUUGUCUAUGGGGAGCCGGUGACGCGGCCUCACUCUGGCCCCGCGGUGCACUUCUGGAGACAUCGCAAGCAGGCUGACCUGGACCUGGCCCGGGGGGACUUUGCCCAGGCUGCCCAGCAGUUGUGGCUGGCCCUUCGGGCGCUGGGCCGGCCCCUGCCUACCUCCCACCUGGACCUGGCCUGCAGCCUGCUCUGGAACCUCAUCCGCCACCUGCUACAGCGCUUCUGGGUGGGCCGCUGGCUGGCCGGCCGUGCUGGAGGCCUACAAAGGGACUGUGCCCUGAGGGCAGAUGUGCGCGCCAGUGCCCGGGAUGCAGCCCUUGUCUACCACAAGCUGCACCAGCUGCAUGCCAUGGGGAAGUACACAGGUGGGCAUCUCACUGCCGCCAACUUGGCACUGAGUGCCCUGAACCUGGCGGAAUGUGCAGGGGAUACUGUGUCCAUGGCAACGAUGGCGGAGAUCUAUGUGGCAGCUGCCCUGAGAGUCAAGACCAGUCUCCCAAGAGCCUUGCACUUUCUGACACGCUUCUUCCUGAGUGGUGCCCGCCAGGCCUGCCUGGCACAGAGCAGCUCAGUGCCUCUUACCAUGCAGUGGCUCUGCCACCCUGUGGGCCACCGUUUCUUCGUGGAUGGGGACUGGGCCGUGUGCAGUGCCCCAAGGGAAAGCCUGUACAGCUUGGCCGGGAACCCAGUGGACCCCCUGGCCCAGGUGACUCAGCUAUUCCGUGAACAUCUCCUGGAGCGAGCGCUGAACUGUGUGGCUCAGCCCAGCCUGAGCCCCAGCCCAGGGUCAGCUGAUGGGGACAGAGAAUUCUCAGACGCCCUCAGCUACCUGCAGCUGCUGAACAGCUGCUCUGAUGCUGCCGGGACCCCUGCCUGCAGCUUCUCCAUCAGCUCUAGCAUGGCUGCCACCACUGGAACAGACCCAGUGGCUAAGUGGUGGGCCUCACUGACAGCUGUGGUCAUCCACUGGCUGCGGCGUGACGAAGAAGCAGCAGAGCGGCUAUACCCACUGGUAGAGCAGCUGCCCCGUGCCCUGCAGGAGACCGAGAGACCCCUGCCCAGGGCGGCUCUGCAUUCCUUCAAGGCUGUCCGGGCUCUGCUGGGCUGUGGAAAGUCAGAGUCUGGCCUGGCCAGCCUGGCCAUCUGUGAAAAGGCCAGCGGGUACCUGCAGGAUAGCCUGGCUACCACAUCAACUGGCAGCUCCAUCGACAAGGCUGUGCAGCUGCUCCUGUGUGACCUGCUCCUUGUGGCACGCACUAGCUUGUGGCAGCAGCAGCAGCCACCUACCUCAGCCCAGGUGGCUCAGGGUGCCAGCAGCGGGCCCCAGGCCUCUGCUCUCGAGCUUCGUGGCUUCCAGAGGGACUUGAGUGGCCUGAGGCGCCUGGCACAGAGCUUCCGGCCUGCCAUGCGGAGGGUGUUUCUGCAUGAGGCCACAGCCCGGCUGAUGGCAGGGGCCAGCCCCACACGGACGCAUCAGCUGCUGGACCGUAGUCUGAGGCGGCGGGCAGGCCCAGGGAGCAAAGGAGGUGCGGCAGAGUUGGAGCCACGGCCUACGCGGCGGGAGCACGCGGAGGCUCUGCUGCUGGCCUCGUGCUACCUGCCGCCCGGCUUCCUGUCGGCUCCUGGGCAGCGUGUGGGAAUGCUUGCCGAGGCGGCCCGCACGCUCGAGAAGCUCGGAGAUCGCCGGCUGCUGCACGACUGCCAGCAGAUGCUCAUGCGCCUGGGCGGCGGGACCACCGUCACUUCCAGCUAGAUUCCCAGCGGCGCCUCACCCAUGGCUGUGCUUCCCUGGGGAUGGGAGACCCUCUGGGACUUUUGUGUCUUGCUCUGGGCGGCCAAAGGGGCGCGACCUCACCACCGGCGGGCGCUGUACUGGAUGAGCGGCCGCCAGGAUGGUGCCGUCCUCUGGUGGCCGAUUGGGGAAUAGCAGGCUUUGGGCCGGCCGCGUGCCACCCACCUUGCUCGUUAGGCACUUAGUGGCUUUUUCUCUGGUCUGUCUAGAGGGAGGAGAGGGUUGCGUUUCCCCGAGCGGAGGGGGGCCCUGCACCGAAGCGCCUCUCUCCAUUCUGGGAAGACUUGUACAUAGUGUAGAUCCGGGUGAGUCCCCCUCCUGGCCUCGGGGGCUCAUGUGCUACUUUGCCUUUUGCAAACUUUUAUUUUCGUAGGUUGAAAAGUUUUGUACAGAAAAUAAAAAAUGAAAUUAUUUAUAA